CUUUUAUCUAUAUCCAUAUCUAUAUAUUUAUAUAUCAUUAUUCAUAUAUACCUUGCUCAUGAAUGCUUUAUUACCUGCUGCUCUUAAGAAUUCAAAAUGCAUAUUGCAUAUUGAUCUAGAUUGUUUUUAUUGCCAAGUUGAACAAGUUAGAUUAGGUAUUCCAUUUGAUGUUCCAUUGGCAGUUCAACAAUGGCAAAACCUAAUAGCAGUUAAUUAUGCCGCUAGAGAGUUUGGUAUUCAAAAAAUGACAACCCUUCAAGAAGCUCAAAAGAAAUGUCCCACUAUUCGUCUCAUUCAUGUUGCUACGUAUGGACCUAAUGAUACAGAGCCACAGUACCAUUCAAACCCUGAUCGCAGUACUCAUAAAGUCUCAUUAGAUGUCUAUCGUGCUGCCUCUCGUGAGAUCUUUAAGAUUUUUGCACAACAUGUCAAUAUAAUACAAAAGAUUGGAACAGAUGAAGGAUUUAUGGAUGUGACAGAACUUGUAAAUGAGAGAUUAAUAGAACGUUAUAUAAAGCAAAACCCUACUCAUGGCUACAUAGAUCAUGAAGUGUGUGAUAUUGAAAUGGAUUGGGAUAGUUUAGGAUAUACUGUAAAAUCUCAACAGGAAGAGACAGACGGUCAAUGGGCUCCUACAACAUGGCGAGAUUUACAAUUGGCAUUAGGUGCUGAAUUGGCAGCUGAAAUACGAAAGGAAGUGUAUGAUAAAUUACAUUAUUUUUGUUCUGCAGGCAUUGCACAUUCUAAAGUAUUAGCUAAAUUAUGUUCUAGUAGAAAUAAGCCAAAUAAACAGGUAUACAUACAUACAUACAAUACUGUAAUUCUAAUAAUUAAACAAUGGUGAUGAUAAUAGACGAUAUUAAGAGAAUCUGCAAGAUUGGAUUUUAUGCGUGAUAUUCCAUUCACGAAAAUAAGAAACUUUGGUGGAAAAUUAGGUAAUGAAGUAGGAUCUGAAUUUGAAAUACUAAAAUCGAGUGAGUUAUGGCAGUUUAGCAUUGAAGACUUUCAAAAAAAAUUUGGUGAAUCUACAGGCAUUUAUUUAUAUAAUAUAUGUCGUGGUAUAGACAAUGAAGAAGGUAUUUGUUCAAGAAUAAGAAAAAGAAGAAAAAAAAGAAAGUCAAAUAGUU